UUGUUGUCCGUAGUAAUGAGUUCAUAUAUAGAUCCUGAUUAUUCCAUAGGACGCAAUUUGCGGCAGAGACAAAGGAAAAAAUGUAUCUCCAACGACGAGGCGAAAUUAGAUUCAGAAAAAAAUAAAAGAAAAGGAAAGAAAAAAGGUCAAUAUAUGGGAAAAAAUGGUGCAUAUGACGAAAUCGGAAAUAUUCGGUUCAACGGACUGGACAUUUGUGAUUGUAUGAAUAAAGAUUGUGAUGGUUGCUGGUAUGAAUGCCGAAGUUGUGGCUCUACUAGGUGUGGUCCUCAAUGUCGCUCAAAUCGAAAGUUUUUCUAUGAAGGAAUUGCAUACGAUGGAAAAGACUUAUCUAUACAUAAUAGAUAUAUUCCCAAAUGAAAUUGACAUAAAUUGUCUUAGCCUAACAAUAUAACAAAAUAAAAACGAACGAACAUUACUUUAUACUAA